CCGAGGGCCAGUUUGCCGGCGGAGACUAGGGGCUUUAGGGUCAGAGUGGCGGGCGAGUGGCGCGCUGGGUGACUGCAGCCGCGCGGCGAGGCCUGCGCCAUGCCGGGGAUGGUGCUCUUCGGCCGGCGCUGGGCCAUUGCCAGUGAUGACUUAGUCUUUCCUGGGUUCUUCGAGCUGUUCCUGAGAGUGUUGUGGUGGAUUGGCAUUCUGACUUUGUAUGUCAUGCACAGAGGGAAGUUGGAUUGUGCUGGCGGAGUUCUACUCAGCAGUUACUUGAUUGUUCUUAUUGUACUCCUGGCAGUUGUUAUAUGUACUGUGUUAGCCAUCGUGUGUGUCAGCAUGAAAGGAACUAUUUGUAACCCUGGACCACGGAAGUCUAUGUCUAAGCUUCUUUACUUCCGCCUUGCACUUUUUCUGCCAGAGAUGGUCUGGGCAUCACUGGGAGCCGCCUGGGUAGCAGAUGGUGUCCAGUGUGACAGGACAGUUGUGAAUGGCAUCAUUGCAACCGUCAUUGUCAGUUGGAUCAUCAUCGCUGCCACUGUUUUCACCAUUAUCAUUGUCUUUGACCCACUGGGGGGGAAAACGGUUCCCUAUACUUCUGCUGGUCCUGGUCACCUGGAUAGUCAUGAAUCGAGCCAGUUACUUGAUGGCCUCAAGACAGCGGCUAUAAGCGUGUGGGAAACGAGAAUGAAGUUGUUGUGCUGUUGCGUGGGGAAAGACGAUCACACUCGAAUUGCUUUUUCGAGUACGGCAGAGCUUUUCUCAACCUACUUUUCAGACACAGAUCUGGUGCCCAGUGACAUUGCAGCAGGCCUGGCCCUUCUCCAUCAGCAGCAGGACAAUAUCAGCAGCAGGCAGGAACCAGAGGAGGUGAUCAGCCACUCCCCAGGGAACCCCCAGGAAGCUGAACUGGAUGCAGAAUUAGAAAAUUGCCAUCAUUAUAUGCAGUUUGCAGCAGCUGCUUAUGGGUGGCCUCUCUACAUUUAUAGAAACCCCUUUACUGGGCUGUGCAAGAUUGGUGGUGAUUGUUGCAGAAGCCGGACAACAGAAUACGAGUUGGUGGGAGGUGAUCAGCUCAACUGCCAUUUUGGCUCCAUCCUGCAUACAACAGGCCUGCAGUACAGGGACUUCAUUCACAUAAGCUUUCAUGACAAGGUAUACGAGCUGCCCUUCUUAGUGGCUCUGGAUCACAGGAAGGAGGCUGUCGUGGUUGCUGUGAGAGGCACCAUGUCUCUGCAGGACAUCCUCACUGACCUGUCUGCUGAGAGUGAUAGCCUCCACCUGGACAUAGACCUGCAGGACUGUGUGGCGCACAAGGGAAUUUCUCAAGCUGCAAGAUACAUUUACCGACGGCUGGUCAAUGAUGGGAUCUUGAGCCAGGCAUUCAGCAUUGCUCCUGAGUACCGGCUGGUCGUGGUGGGGCACAGCCUGGGAGCAGGGGCAGCUGCCCUGCUGGCCAUCAUGCUGCGGAGCUCCUACCCACAGGUCCGAGCCUACGCCUUCUCCCCGCCCCGGGGGCUCCUGAGCAGGUCACUUUGUGAGCACUCCAAGGACUUCGUCGUGUCCCUUGUGCUGGGAAAGGAUGUGAUCCCCAGAUUAAGUGUGACCAACUUGGAAGAUCUAAAGAAAAGAAUCUUGCGAGUGAUCGCUCACUGCAGUAAGCCCAAGUAUAAGAUCCUGCUGCAAGGCUGCUGGUAUGAACUGUUUGGAGGGAGCCCCGAUAACUUCCCCACUGAACUGGAUGGAGGCAACCAAAGAGACCUGACACAGCCUCUUCUAGGGGAGCAGAGUCUGCUGACACACUGGUCCCCAGCAUAUAGUUUCUCCAGUGACUCCCCACUAGACUCUCCCACCAAGUACCCGCCUCUGUACCCCCCUGGCAGGAUCAUCUACCUGGAGGAAGAGGGAGCUUCUGGGAGGUUUGGCUGCUGUUCUGCUGCUCAGUACAGGGCGAGGUGGGCACAUGAAGCGGAAUUCAGCAGAAUACUCAUAGGUCCCAAGAUGCUGACUGACCACAUGCCAGACAUCCUAAUGAGAGCCCUGGAUACCAUGGUCGCCGAUAGACCAGCCUGUCUCACUUGUCCAGGGCCGGGGGUCCCUAGUGUGGAUGUAGCAUGACCAGGCCUGCUGGAAAGUACCCCACAACAAUGGACACACAUUUUUUUCUUGGACUGCAAGUGACAUCCAUGAGGCUAGUAUCUGGAUGUCUGUGGACAGAAAUCUGAUUGGCUUUAAAUUCAGUCAGCUUUGGAAUGACUGCAAUUUAUGGGAGCUACUUAUGAACACAGUAUUAGCAGGAUCAGGAACCUGGGUGAGUGCCAGGGUAAUGGGAUUUCUGCACUGCAAGCAUGGAGGCAAGACCACCUCCAUGUCCUGAGAGCUGCCCGCUGCCUCCAAAAGAGAUCACAACAGUGUCUGAAGACCCUAACCUGACCUGUAGCUUCCCGUCAGGGUCUUGUCCUCCUACAGCUUAGCUGAGUCUCAACUUGGAUGGCAGGUGUGUAAUCUUUCACAUGGGGCUCCUUCCUCCUGGGUGGCCCUGAGUGUCAGCUGCUGAUGAAGAGUCAGCUUAGAAGGUAAAGGAGACCACACCUUGCACCUCUGGCCCUCUGGUUAGUGUCUAGGUGUUUCAAACCACAAGAAUUGAAUACUAAUUCUGCCCCUGGGAUCAGAGGGAGUUAAAAAAAAAUAAAGCAUUUAUACAGCAAGAGUA